CCUGUCCAACCAACAGCCACUAUCAGAUAUGCACCAGACUUUGUGAUGUUAGUUGCGUAAGCUUAUACACUCCAGUCCAGUGCACAACAAAUUGCUUUGAAGGUUGCCAGUGCAACGACGGCUACAUGUUCAAUGGAGAUGUCUGUGUGCCUACAGACCAAUGCGGUUGUGCGCAUGAUGGACGCUACCUCCUGGCUGGAGAGACCAUCUUCUCAAGCAGCUGCACAGAGAAAUGUACCUGUAGUACCUCCAGCCAGCUCACCUGUGCGGAAAGCAGCUGCCGGUCUGGAGAGACCUGCACGCUUAUAGAUGGUGUACAUAGCUGUGAGCUCAAGGAAGCCCAAUGCAAAGUCAGCCCAGAAGCUCUGCUCACUUCCUUUGAUGGUGCCACAGGGAAGUACCUUUACAGUGGGAUCUACAAUUUGGCUUUUGUUUGUGAUGAAAGUGCCCUGUCUUGGUUCAGGGUGUUAGUGAGCAUUGGAACGGACAGUGACAAUGGACUGGUAGCGGUGGAGGCCAUCUAUGUUUUCUUCCCAGAUGCAUUCAUCGCUGUGAAAAAGAACAAUAGGACAUGGGUAAAUGGGCGCUCAGUAAAGCUGCCAUACAACAAAAAUGCUGUGUCCGUGAGCCAAGUUUGGGAUGGGAUUGUCAUUGACCAGGCUUCUCAGGUGGAAGUUCAUCUUUAUCCUAAUGGAGAAGUGACAGUGAAAGCCAAGAAGACCUUUGCAGAGAAGCUCUGUGCCCCAUGUGGAAACUUCAAUGGAGACAGCACAGAUGACCUGAAGCUUCCCAGUGGGAAGGCUGAGAACACUGCUGAUGUACUCCAGGCCUGGAAGGCUGAAGACUUCUAGCAUCAGUAAAUCUC